AUGGAGAUCGUGAUCGAAGCCACCCAUGGUUUGCCCACGACCGUGAUUGACCCAGACGGCGACACAAUCCUCAUUUUGUCCAACAGGCAGUACCGGAGUCUGUUCCGAUGCUCAUCAGCAAAGCUGGUUCAGAACUGUGGUCACUUCAAGAAGAAGCUGGCACAAGGUGGACAACCUCACACGGAGUUGAUGCGGGAUGGAACUGUCUAUCUGACUAUCAAUGAAUUUGAGGUGAACACCAUCGAAAUCAUCCUCAACCUAAUCCAUGGCCGGAUCAGGAACAUUCCGAGAAACCCACGCCUGCCGCUUUUGCUUGAUAUUGCUCGCUUCUGCAAUUAUCUCCAAUGUUUGCCCACCGUGAAGCCAUUUGCGACAAGCUGGAUCGAAAAGUCCAAGGAUUCGGUCCUAGAAUGCACAACCAUCAAACCCGAUACAAACUCAUGGAUCUUCAUCUCUCUCGUCUUCCGCCACCAAGAAGUAUUCCGACACACUACGGCAGUCACGCAGCAGUGUUUGGACAAUAGGAUGGAUGUUAUGAGGGGUCACCCACUAGUCCCGAAGGACAUUAUCAGUAAGUAG